UUACUCAUCAAACAUCAGCCAUUCAAUUCAUCAUCAUCAUCAUCAUUGAAUCCAUCUUACCAGAACCAAUUCAUUAAUGUUGCCGAAUUUACAGCCAAUGUAUCCAAGCGAUUUGAUUUUAUAUGUGGCACACAAUUCGGCUAUUAUCGUGAUCCAGAAAAUUGUGCUUCUUAUUAUAUAUGCUCGUUUGGAAUUCCAUUACAUAAAAAUUGUUCAAAAGGAUUAUAUUUUUCUAUACGUUUACAGAUAUGCGAUUGGCCAGCUAAUGUACCAUGUGAACAAGAUUAUAUAUCAUCGAAUGCUGAAACAUCAAUGUUCAAUUUAAUUGACGAGCCCAAAUCAUCAUCAACAACAAGCAUUAAUAGUAUUGUUACAACACCAGCACCAUUAUCAUUAUCAUCAUCAUCAUCAGUUCCAGCACCUUUACCAUUGCCCAGUUCACUAUCCAACAAUCAUAUAGCCACUUCACCAACGCCAACAUACCGGAACAUUUCUGAAUAUUUAAAAGAUUUUUUCAACAAAAAAAGUAACAGUGGUAGUGCAAUUUAUCAUUAUCCGACAUCA